CAGACCGCGCGCACCAUGCUCAACAUGAAACUCAAGGAGCGCCUCGCGCUCGCUCUGAGCGCCUUCCUCGUCCUAUUCACGCUGAUGCUCGUUGUCGACCUGCAGAUGGACUAUGGGAUAUCCGGCCACAGGGUCCCCUUGCACGGUCGUGUGAAAAUAGGUGACGACACGGAUAAGGGACGAUCCGCUUACAUUGAGUUUCGGAAACGAUUCCUUCAAAAGAGUAACGGCAGUAAUGGCUCUAGAGAGUUCGAGCAAUCAGCUCCAAGCGAGACUAGUGGGAGUGAUGCUGAACCUCGCACUCCAUCGACACCAGCUGAUCGUUUCGAAGACUUGCAAAGAAUACUGCAUCUUCAACUUCAAGGAAAAGCUGACGAUAAUCCUGUCGUAGUUCCGCCUCAUCGGGAUUUAAAUGUCUUACGACCGGAAAAUCCAACCAUCGGAGAAAUGGAAGACUUGGAACCAAGUGUAAAUGCAUCGAACUUAGAGAAGUUCCAGCUUAAAAUUGCACAACAUGAAUUAUAUGAAGAUGGGGAGCCGUUGGUUGGUGCCGUACUCCAAGACAUGGCUACUGAGCAAAUAUUACAUGCCGAACAAAAAGAAGGAGGAACGCAGCUGAAGCUUAUAAUAGAUUACCCAAAUGGAGUCCAAGCGUUAUUCAAACCAAUGAGGUUCGCGCGGGACGUCCAAACAUUGCCCAACCACUUCUACUUCUCGGACUACGAGCGCCAUAACGCUGAAAUUGCGGCUUUUCAUCUCGACCGGAUACUCGGAUUCCGUCGCGCGAUGCCAGUCGUGGGUCGAGUGCUGAACAUGACGACGGAGAUAUAUGACGUCACGGAGGGGGACAUCCUCAAGACUUUCUUCGUGUCGCCCGCGAACAACUUCUGCUUCCACGGCAAAUGUUCGUACUACUGUGACACAGGACACGCAAUUUGCGGCAACCCUGACAUGCUGGAAGGAAGUUUCGCCGCUUUCCUGCCAUCUGCGGAUUUAGCUGAGCGCAAGGUCUGGAGACAUCCAUGGAGAAGAUCCUACCACAAGCGAAGAAAAGCUCAAUGGGAGUUACAAUCAGAUUAUUGUGAUACAGUUCGAACAACACCCCCUUAUGAUUCCGGGCGUCGUCUUCUCGACUUGAUGGAUAUGUCCAUAUUCGAUUUCCUCACCGGCAACAUGGACAGACACCACUACGAAACAUUCAAAAUGUUCGGCAACGACACGUUCACGCUGCACCUGGACCAGGGCCGCGCGUUCGGCAAGGCCUUCCACGACGAGCUGAGCAUCCUCGCGCCGCUGCUGCAGUGCUGCCUCGUGCGGCACACCACGCUCGCUGCGCUGCUCAAAUUUCAUAAUGGCGUUCCUCUAUCUAAAGUACUACGGGAAUCUAUGAAAUCCGAUCCUGUUGCUCCUAUACUAUGGGAGCCACAUCUCGCGGCGUUAGAUCGUCGCACAGUUACGGUUUUAGACGCCAUCAGAAAGUGUAUAGAUAAAUUAGAAAAUCCAUUACAGAAUGAGGUAAACGAUUUCGUAUGACCAUAGACUAUUCCGUGGUGGAUUAUUUAAAGUAUCAGUAUGAAGACAGUGAUAGCAAUGUGAUAUGCAAUGUUACGAAGUGCGUAAGGGAAGGUGCAAUUGAGGAAUGACUACUAGUCGAACUCUCGUAUUCCUGAUUUAGAUAUAGAGGGAUUUCAAGCGCAAACGCAGGUCUUUGGUUCGGAAAGACUAUUAGAAUUAAGAUUUUGUGCCAAAGAUUGUCCAAAUGAAAUCUUGAAAUGUAUAAUUCAGCAUAAUCGUUAAACCAUUCCACUGAUUUACGAGCCAUGAUAAAUGCCAAAAAAUUAAAAAAAAAAAACACAUGUUUAGCAAUCAGUUUGUACAAAUUAUAUCAUCAAUAGUUUGUGUAAACUUAGUUAUAUAAGCUUAGUUACUUUUUUUGUAUAUUUUGAAAGUUUCAAGUCUGACAUGUACGUAAAUGGCGUGCUAACGACUUUGUACAUAAUAAGUGAAAUGCAAACCUUAGUUGUAAUGUUUAAGAUAUCUCAAUAUUUCGUUGUGAAUCUGUUACCAUAGCUCGAAGCUCAAUAAAACAUAUCAUAAAAGGUUUUUUUUCUACCGGUGAUAUUUACAUUAAAGAUUUUUUUUUUUUAAUUAUCUGUCACUGUUGUUGGUUUUAAAACGUGAUAAUGCAAUUUAGAUGUUAUUUACAGAUUUUUUUUUAUAAGUUAUAAUGUAUAAGUAGGACUAUUUUGAACGAAUUUACGUUUUUUGUGUUACCUUUAUUGGUUUAUUUUAAUUUUUUUUAAAUUCUAUCACCUUUUUAUUUUUAUCAACCUAUAAAUUGAUGUAAGAAAUGUAACAUCAGCUUAUUCUUCCAUUUUUAUUACGUUUCAAUUCUUUGUUCGUCUUUGUUAUGCUAAAAAAUAAAUUAUGUAAACUCUUGAAUUUUUCGCAACUUUUAUCGAAAAUAUAGUUUUUUUUAAUGCUUAAAUUAUUUGUUAGAUAGAUCUUUUAUUUAUAUAAAUAAAUGUCGUUUUCGAGUAGCGUUAUUUUAA